CCUCAACCACUCAAUCAUCCACUUCUUCUCUUCUUUGAACUCAAAGUCCCAGUUAAUAUUAGAAUCAUGGGUGUUGUCACUUAUGACUAUGAGUCUACCUCCCCAGUCGCCCCUUCCAGGCUUUUCAAGGCCUUUACUGUUGAAGCUCCGAAAGUUUGGCCCACGGCUGCACCUAAUGCAGUCAAGAGUAUUGAGGUUGAAGCUAAUCCUAGCUCUGGAAGUAGUAAAAUCAACUUUGUUGAAGGCCUUCCAUUCCAAUAUAUGAAGCACCAGAUAGGAGGACAUGAUGAAAGUAAUUUUUCAUACAGUUACGAUUUAAUCGAAGGUGGGCCUUUGGGGGACAAACUUGAAAAAAUCAGCUAUGAGAACAAGUUUGAGGCAGCUGCAGGUGGAGGAAGUAUUUGCAAGAGCUCAAUGAAAUUCUACACUGUUGGCGACAAUGUAAUCACUGAAGAUGAAAUCAAGGCUCUCAUUAAGGGAAGUGAGGGAGUUUACAAGCCUGUUGAAGCUUAUCUAUUGGCUAAUCCUGAAUCCUGCAACUAGGAUAUUGGUUGCUUUGAAUUCUGAUUCUUGGUUUUAAAGAGUGGUCAUUGCUUUUAAUGGUGUGUUUUUUAUAUUUUCUUUUUCCUUUUAAAACCUAAAUUGUCUUCUAAUUAUUUACAUAAGAGUGGUGGUGAUCGAGCUUUUGUCAUCUUUAUUUUCAUUACAGUCAAAGAAUUUGGGUUGUCUUUGACAUAUAUAGAAAUAAAAUAAACAAAUAAACUCAAAAAAAGAAAAAAAAAGGUUUUACCUGGUA